AUGUCUACCGCUAGCAUACGGGUUGGCACCCGUGCUUUGCCGAUAAAGCAUCAUAUGUUGUAUACGGAAAAGCAUAUGGAAAUUCGCAAAGAGCUGCGCAAGUUAAUCCAACGCAAAAUCAAUCCCCAUGUGGACAGAUGGGAGGACGCGCAUCAAUUUCCAGCUCAUACCGUAUUCAAACAAUUAGGAAACAUGGGAGUGCUGGCUAUCAGUAAACCUGUGGCCUUUGGUGGACUGGGAAUGGACUUCUCUUAUUCAAUCGCCGUAGCCGAAGAGUUAGGCUCAAUAGAAUGUGCCGCUAUCCCUAUGGCUGUUUGUGUGCAGACCCAUAUGGCUACACCAGCACUGGCGGAAUUCGGGAGCAAUUCUCUAAAAGCCGAGUUUUUAUCCCCGUCAGUGAGUGGGGAUAUGGUUGCAUGCAUUGCUGUAAGCGAACCCGAAGCGGGUAGUGAUGUCGCCGCGAUUCGAACGUACGCUUUAAGAAACGGUUCUGAUCUCAUAAUUAACGGUCACAAAAUGUGGAUCACAAAUGGCGCACAGGCCGAUUGGGCUUGUGUCCUCGUGAAUACGAACAAGAACUCGUCGCCUCAUCGAAACAAAAGCCUGGUUUGCGUAAGACUAAAUGAACCAGGAGUUCAUCGUUCAGCGAAUCUGAAAAAGUUGGGCAUGCACUGUUCCGAUACAGCGGAAAUCUUCUUCGACAAUGUUAGGGUGCCUGCUAGUAACAUAAUCGGUGACGAAGGACAAGGUUUCAUCUAUCAGAUGUUACAGUUCCAGGAUGAAAGACUUGUCACUGCUGCUGUAUUGCUUGAACCACUGCAACGAUGUAUUUCUCUCACAGCUGAAUACGCAAGAGAGCGAAAAAUAUUCGGAAGCACAGUUUUGAAUCAACAGACCGUCCACUUCACAUUAGCCGAGCUUCAAUCUGAACUCGAAGCUGUGCGAGCACUUCUGUAUAGGGCUGUGCUGUCGCGAGUUAACGGUGAUGACGUUACACUUCUGGCUUCAAUGGCGAAACUGAAAGCCGGAAGAUUGGCACGAGUAGUGACAGACAGUUGUUUGCAGUUUUGGGGCGGAAAUGGCUUCACUUGGGACAAUCCAGUAUGCAGGAUGCAUCGCGAUCUCCGACUACAUUCGGUCGGAGCUGGAGCUGAUGAAGUAAUGCUAUCCAUCAUCUGCAAGUACUUAGGCAUCGCACCUAAAUAA